AACUUCAAUUUACAGAAGAGUGUUUCAUUUCUCAUUUCUCGAAACUCGGCUCAAUCGGUCGGCUCUGUAUUUCUUUCUCUCCUUUGUAUGGCAGCUCGAUUGUUGGCUUAUCAGGUGGCUGAUCUCUGCCUAGGCAAGCCGCCGCUCCGCUCCCUGUCUUCCUCCGCCACCGUCGCCGACGCCCUCGCCGCCGUCAAGUCGUCGGACGAGAAUUUCGUCGCCGUCUGGAGCUGCGACCACUCGGCGAAGAGGAAUCUGGAGUGCGUGUGCGUGGGGAAAGUGUGUAUGGUCGACGUCAUUUGCUUUCUCUGCAGAGACGAGAAUUUGUCUUCUCCUGGCUUGGCUCUGAGGUCUCCCGUCUCCGCUUUGCUUUCGAACGCUAAUGGCCUCGUCCGACACGUGGCACCUUCUUCCAGCUUAAUAGAAGCCAUUGAUCUGCUUCUUGAAGGUGCUCAGAAUCUGGUGGUGCCUAUAAAGUCGAGCACCACCAUCAAUUCGAAGAGAAAGCAUCUCCAGAAAUCAAUCAGCCCCACCAUUCACAACGGCCAAGAAUUCUGCUGGCUAACUCAGGAAGACGUGAUCCGAUUCCUCCUCAGCUCGAUCGGACUGUUCUCCCCCAUACCAGCGCGAUCCAUUGACUCACUCAACAUCAUAAGCAACGAGUUCUUGGCUGUGGAAUACCACUGCCCCGCCAUGUCAGCGAUCGGUGCCAUUUCCUGCUCGCUCGCCGACCAGACCGCUGUGGCGGUGGUGGACGAUGAAGGCACUUUGAUCGGAGAAAUUUCGCCGCUCACUUUAGCGUGCUGCGACGAGACUGUGGGGGCUGCAAUCUUGACCCUGUCCGCCGGAGAUUUGAUGGCCUACAUUGACUGCGGUGGGCCCCCCGAGGAUAUCGUGGGCCUAGUGGAGGCGAGGCUGAAGGAGAGGAAUUUGGAGGGCAUGCUUAGGGAGUUUAUGAUUGUCGAUUCGUAUGGUUCAAAUUCUUCCUCCUCGUCCGAUGAGGAGGCGGCGGGAGGAGGAGCGGCAGUGUCAAGAGGGCAAUAUCGUAAAUUUACGAGCUUUUCGAGGAGGGCGGAGGCGAUUGUGUGCCGCCGGUGGAGUUCGUUGGUGGCGGUGAUGGUACAGGCGAUCGCCCACCGUGUGAACUAUGUUUGGGUGGUGGAGGAGGACGGCGGUGUGGCUGGGAUUGUGACUUUUGCCGGUAUGUUGGAAGUUUUCCGGGAAAAUUUGGAGUCUUUGAUGUGAUCAACUCUUAUAAAUAGAGAUGAGUAGUGUCUAUUGGAGUAUCUAAUCUGUAGUUACUGGUGGAGAGAGAGAGUGGUAAACUCUUUUUCCAUUUUUAUCCAGUGAUGAAAGAUGGGAACAUAUUUGUGCAUAUGAGCCUGUACUUUGUUGAUGAUUUUAGAACUGCUUUGCUUCGUGAAAUAAUUUUAUAUUUAUAACUAAGUUUAUAAGCUCUUAAAAACGAGCUUAUAAGAUGUUUAAGAGUUUAUGGAGGUGAAAAUUGGGAUCGACACAUUCUGUCUAUAUUCCUAAAUGAAUAUUUUCAUUUUUGUAACAAUAAUUUUUCAUUGCGAAUUCAAAAAAUAUUUUUUCGAUU